CUAAUACACCUCUUUUUCCUCAUCCAAUUUCCUCCAUCAUAUUCGGGCCACGGGCCUGUGUUCUGUAGGGCAUGGCUAUUCUUGGGAUUGAUUCUCUGGAUACACAAUCUUGACACUACAAAUCCAAAUUACAACCGAGUCCGCGCCCUGUACUAUAAUGUACACUAUGUCAGUCAUUCCUUUGCUGCUGUUGCUGUCAGUAGCCGUUUUCACGUGGGGAUCUAUUCUGGGAAGUCAGAUUCCUCUACGAAAUCAGGACGGCGGUUCCAUUCCCGAGCAUAUAUCAACCGGUCUUUUCGCAUCUCUCGAACGUCUCUCCCGCCUUGUCGAUAUAACUUACUGCGUUGGUACUACUGGUAUCGCCCCGCCCUUCUCCUGCGCAUCACGAUGUGAUGACUUCCCGACGCUAGACCUCGUGACGACAUGGAAUACUGGAGUCUUGAUGAGCGACAGCUGUGGGUAUAUUGCAGUUGACCAUGGGACGGCGCCGGGACCGCAAUCGAGCAUGUCGAGAAGCGGUGUUAAUACUGAGCAAGAUAAGAAUCAAGGAGCUAUCAUUGUCGCGUUUCGUGGUACAUAUAGUAUCACCAACACCGUUGUCGACCUAAGUACAAUUCCCCAAGAAUAUGUCCCGUAUCCCUCUCCUGAUAAGGGAGGAUCCGAGCCACCUGAGGAGCCAGAACAUGUUUGUCAUAAUUGUACGGUUCAUAUGGGAUUUUUGGCAUCGUGGAGAAUAGCAAGAAAUGUUGUUCUGCCAGCACUCAAGCCACUACGAGAAAAAUAUCCCGAUUAUCCUGUUUACCUGGUCGGCCAUAGUUUGGGAGGUGCUGUGGCUGCUCUCGCGGCAUUGGAGUUGAAAGUCAGUUCCGGAUGGGACAAUCUUGUCGCGACGACAUUCGGUGAACCCCGGGUGGGAAAUUCCGGGUUUGCAGAAUAUCUCGAUUCUGUCUUCGAACUUGGAGCAACAAAGCAAUUCGAGGAACAAAAAUACCGGCGCGUGACACAUGUGGAUGAUCCCGUCCCAUUGCUCCCGCUGUCAGAGUGGGGAUAUAGAUCUCACGCCGGCGAAUUCUUCAUCUCCAAAUCCGAUCUAGCUCCUGAACCGUCGGACGUCCGGCCGUGCAUAGGCGAUUAUGACCCACGAUGUAUUGCUGGCUCAACGGGGGAAUCCCUUAAGACAGCCGGCCAAAUACUUGCCGAAGAGCGAGGUCGAGAAACAGCUGUAUGGGCUGAGGGUCUUUGGGAUGUUCCAAGUCGAUUCAAAUUGUGGCAAUUAUUCUUUGCCCAUCGAGACUACUUCUGGAGAUUGGGACUAUGUGUGCCUGGGGGCGACCCAGUCGACUGGGGUAGGGACAAAUAUCCUAAUUUCACGACUAGUGACGAGUUAUGAGUCACAGAUAAUUUGUUGUUUAUUGAAUGUACAGAAUGGGCUCUAGUCGGUUUGGCUGUGCCCCAGAAGAGAUCCAAACCCAACGCGCAGAUAGGAGGUAAAAGUCUGAAAUUAAUGCCUAAUAUAUUCAUUUACACACUAUUGAAAAGUUAAAUUAUGUAGUCGACGGAUAGAUAUUGAUGCUAUUCGUAACAUAAUGAACAUUUCAAGAAAUUCGUGGUAAAAAAACUUCGCAAGAAACAU